UCAGUGAUAUUUUUCAGUUUAGUCGACGAACGACAACGAUACGAAAACGAAUCAUUUCGCUGUAGUUUCCGCGUGAAAAUUACAGAAAAGAUUGUGAGUGCCCCUUGACUGGGAGAAACCCCUCUGUGAACUAAAGCAUUUGCCCAAAUUCCAGCUCAGCGAUAAGAGCAAUCAGCAUAUCUAGUGCGAAAUGGUGUCCGUGGAGACUGUAGGCUCUAUUUUCAUCAAGGCCCUGAAGCUGAUCAUCAAUCUGGUGAUCAUCUUCUUGUACCGUUGGGGCGAUGGUGGCGAAUUCCUGGGCAUCGGCGGCACGUGGAACUUAAACGAGGAGAAGAGCGCCGAUGCGGAAAUCGUAGCCUCAGGCGUCAUGGUUGGAUUCUUGAUUUACACUGGAUGCCACACCAUUGCCUUUGCCUUCGGCACAACCAAACAUAAGGGAGAGCUGUGCGACACCAUCAUGAACGUGGUUGGCUGCAUCAUGUGGAUCGCCGUGGGCGGAGUGGCACUCCACUACUGGAAGGGUUACAUGUCCGACGAGGGAUUCCUGUAUGUGAACUCGGAGCGUCAAGUGGGCAUUGCCAUGGGCUCGCUGUGCGUUAUCGAGGGCGCACUGUACCUGCUGGACACCGUGUUGGCUUGCAUACACUAUUCGAAGGGCGACACCGACUACACGCAGUAGAAACUGAAUAGUGGGGAUACCAAUCGCAGCCGCCGAAUAAACACCAUCCACAUUUGUCUUUAUACAUAGAUCGAUUUAAGUGCAAAUUAGUUAUUAUCCGCAAUCAAUUAUCAACUAUACGUUCGUAAGGGUCAAUUGUCGCUGUACUAUACACUAACUGUUUACAAUUUUCAUUCACGUUUAACAUCCUUAAAUUGGCAAAUACAAAUAGUUAAGACC